CUCAAGCGCCUAGGGCAAUACCUACUUUGGUCGAAUAUCUGUGCUAUGGUUCUUCUAUUAGCAGCCCUUUCAUUCCUCUCAUUUCUCUGGUUCGGAGACGACAACAUCAGUUCCUGGAGGCACAUCAUGGCCAAUAGGUGGAUCUCGCAGGCUAUCACAAUAUCUACGUUGCUAAUACGCUUUGCCGUCGCAACGCAAGCGAGUACAGCUGUAACAAUGCUUGCAGCUUUAUCUUUCGAAGCCCCGAGAGGUGUGCUCUUGACGAAAGCACCAGCACUAUCACUUGCUCGAUACGUAAACACAGGGCCACUCACAUCUAUCAUGCCCUUUUUGAGUAGUGGACGGCCUCCUAAAUGCAGCAGGCCUCCCACCAUCUUUUCCGUCAUCUGUAUACUUGCCCUUUGCACUCUGAUAUCUCAAGCUACAUCAACGUUACUGCUUUGGGAUAUCAGCAGUAGUUUCGUACAAGGACUUCCACGAACAAGCUCUGCGGGAACCGGAAUGAGUAUGAUGGCCUACAAAGAAAUAAUCUAUGCAAAGGCCGAGCAUGACGUACUCUACUGGCAGACAACCCCUCAAAUAUUCCCCGAAUUUGCGGAAUGGAAAAGAGAGCCUGACGUUUACAUCAACUCGGUCGUCGAUACUGGACCGACUAUUCGGGCCCUUCUCCCUAUUAAUUCUCAGCUCGACCGUUUCAAUCUCAACAUCUAUAAAGGUGACGCCACGGUUUUUGACGCCCGUGUUGCUUGCAUGCGACCAAAUAUCACUGGAAACGUAAUUGACGUAGACGGUCCCGAAUCCCAAAACAUCCAUGGAAAUGUAUGGCCCGCUGCACUUACUGAAGAACUCGAGCAAAUUUUACGAUACGACAAAAGUAUAGACACAUACAAUUUUGAUUGUAAUGUGGAAUACUAUGAUAUCCUACCAGAGCCAUCAUUCAAGAUUUGUCGACUAUACGCAGGAGGCUUAAUAAACAGUUUAGACCACACCUUCAACAGUUCCUUAGAUUACCGCUUCCAGAAAUUCGAGACACCAGAGUCAGGAGAUUACGAUUAUGCCUGGACUUGGAUGGCAUCGAAUGGAAGCGGCGGUCAAGAAUGGCCGCUUAAUUAUACGAGGCAAGAACAAAAAAUAAUACAUUUCCAACAGUACCCAAUAACAGCCGCCCGAAGAAAUCAUAUACCUGAGCCAACCUUGAGCUGGAACUCUAAAACCCUAGACUUCAACACAACUGCUGUUAGACAGCAAUUAGCUGCAACUGCGCAAAAAAGCAAUACCAAUAGCGCGUUAGAGAUAGACAUUGGCGGAUUAAAGAAUACGAUAAGUACAUAUAGCCAUCAGCUCUUUAAGAGCCAAUACUUCAAGAGGGAAACAUAUGACAUCUUCAACGCUAUAUUGGGAAUCAUUCCCCCUUUAUAUACGCCAUGCACAAAAUGCUCUUUUACAUAUUUUCCUGGGACCGUUUACAUGCUUAGUCAAGUCCUCAAUGCCAUCUUCCAGGAUACCAUCCUUGAGACAGACAACCCCGCCCUGGCUUGGCAAGCACUCAUGACAACAGUUUAUCGCAUGGCCUACUAUGACUGGCUCCCAACAUUUGACAGCAUGAGCGACGUAAACACAGUCUCCAGGGUCCCAUGCCAGAUGCCAGUACGCUACAACGGUUUCAUCAUAGUCGCGACAACUUUGGCCAUACACCUUAGCCUCUUCAUUGUCGUCACAGUCUGGUUUUACAAAGGAACACAAAUAUCGCUCCUUCAUAACUCUUGGCAAGUGGUCGCACAGUUGGUAUCGGUAGAGACGGAAAGUGUAUUGGAAAAUGCGACCAUGAUGGAUGAUAAAGGGGUGAAAGACUGGACCAAGCAAAAUCCAGGCUUCAAUCGAAGAUUUCGGAUCAAGAGU